UUAAAUUCUAUCCUGUGUUCUAUAGGGAGCCAGUGUAAGGCAGCCAGAACAGGAGUAAUGUGGUCCCUUUUCCGAACUCUAGUUAGUACACGUGCUGCAGCAUUUUGAAUUAGCUGAAGCGAAUUAACUGACUUUUUUGGUUUAAAGGUUUUAUUUUGUCUUUCUUCAGCCCCUCGUGUAUGACCAGCUAUGCUCAAGCUGGAAAGAAUAAUGUUGAAGUGAAGAAAUGCAAAGAGAAAGCCAUCGAGGAGCGGCGGGUUGUUUACGUUGGUCGAAUUCGGGGAACGAUGACCCAAAAAGAACUUAGAGAACGCUUCUCUUUUUUUGGCGAGAUUGAAGAAUGCACCCUGCACUUUAGAGACCAUGGGGACAACUAUGGGUUUGUGACUUAUUACGACACCAAGAAUGCAUUCACGGCCAUCGAGAAUGGAAGCAAGCUACGCAAGUCCGAUGAGCUUCCAUUUGAUCUCUGUUUUGGAGGAAGGAGACAGUUCUGCAAGUCAAACUAUGCUGACCUGGUGUCUGAACACGAUGGUACCCCCAUUUCGACAAUCCCCACCGAGACUGCGCAUGCGCGCGUGACGGUGGUGCCUUCACAACCCCAGCCGGCACUGCGCAUGCGCGUGACGGUAGCGGCUCUAUAA